AUGGUUUGGAAUAUAAUAAUUCCCAUUGUUGGUCGUUAUGCAACUAUCAUUACUUUGCCAGUUGCCAUAAUUCUUGGUAGUCUUGGAUAUGUAAUUGAACGACGUAUUCGUGGUACACCAUAUACACCAGUUCCUCAUGAAAAAACAAUUAUAGAUGAACGAGUAGAACGACAAAAUCAACAACAAAUAACAGCUUCUCCUUAUAAAAUGGAUACUGUUGUACCAAAAACUAUUUUUGAAAGAAAUAAUCCUGAUGAUUUAAAAAAAUUUCGUUAG